UGAAACUAUAAUGAAACGUAAAAUGACUCAUACUGUCAUGUGACGUCACUGCGACAGAUAAUUAAUCACCAGUAAUUAAAAGGAAAAAAACAUUACGGAGAAACAAUGAUGUCACCCCUCCUGCGAGAAGCGGUGGUUCGGUCCACGAUAUGACGAUGAUCGUGUGUUACCGUAAUUUCUCUAAACUGGUGUGACGUCAGAAAAACACCGGGUUGUUUUUAGUUUUUCUGCACAAACAAACUUUAAACAUCAUGUGAUCAAUAUCCAAUCAGCGUGUUAUCGAUUACUGACGUCACGAAGCGUUUGUAAUUAGUCGAUAGGAGUUUUAUUUUGAAGUCUUCCGGUUUGCUGCUGACAGUUACGGUAAUGGUCUAAUGUGGUCCGAUGAACGGAGCUGAGACAGGCUGGCAGCGGAUCCGUCAGUGAUUGGUGGAAGGAUGGAGGACCGUGGCUCCGAACCCGCACUGGUUCUAGUCUUUAGCGGCAAGCGCAAGUCCGGAAAAGACUACGUGACAGACCUGAUCCAGAACCGUUUAGGUUCUGACGUUUGCUGUGUUCUACGUUUAUCUGGACCCCUCAAACAGCAGUAUGCUCAGGAACACGGUCUGGACCUUGACGAGUUGUUGGGUCCUGGGCCUUAUAAGGAGCAGUAUCGGGCUGACAUGAUUCUUUGGGGAGAAACUCGACGGCGCCAGGACCCUGGAUUCUUCUGUCGCCUAGUAACCAGAGGCGUAUGGCAACCUGUCUGGGUGGUGAGUGAUGCCCGGCGUCUGUCAGACCUACAGUGGUUCUGGUCAGAGUUUCCUCGACAGACUCGAUGUGUUCGAGUUCAAACUUCAGAAGAAACACGUAAACAGAGGGGGUGGAGCUUCACAGCAGGUGUUGAUGAUGCGGAGUCAGAGUGCGGAUUGGACAGUGGGGUUGAGUUUGAUUGGAUCAUCGUUAAUGAGAGCGAUGCCCCCUCGUUAGAAGAGCAGCUGAAGCCAAUCUUGAAGUUAGCUGAGGAAGCAGCUGAUCAACGUUGAUAUUGACUGUGGAGCCAAUCACUGCAGCAGCAAAGACUGCUGGGAGAUUUUCACCUGGACUGUUAUGCCUGAAAUAUUGACGUUCAGUUUAAUUAUUCAUCAUCGAAGGAUCAAUCGGAGGAUUACUGACUGAUAAUUGUGUUGUGAAGUAAUUGAUUACUUGUAAUGAGAUUACAGAAGGUAACUAUAAUCAGCACAGAUGACUAAAUGGCGAAGAAUAAGUAAUUAGAUUACAUCAGAGAGAACGGGUAAUCAGAUUACCAUGUCAAAGAUUACUUAAGUUACAUUUUUUCAUGAUGCUCCUCUGUUGGUGGCCUCACACAACAUGCUAAGAGACAAAUGGAUCUAAAGGUAAACAAAGGACGUCUGAUUCUUGGACAGUACACACUGUACUACACAGUACUCAAACCAGCAUUUACUACAGUACUUUUGACAUGAAUAAACAGAGUCAUUUAGAUGGCCAUGCUUUUAUUUUAUAAAAUCCUGCCAUGAUUUAUUACAAUGAGCUGUGACAUCAGCACAGUGAUGACCAUCAGUGAUCAUCAUCACCUGCUUCCAGGUAAAAACAAACUUUAUUCAUCAGGUCAAAGGUCACCUGUGGGGAUAACGGGUGUGUCCCUGACCUCUGAUUGGCCCCUGGUCUACCAUAUAUGGCAGUGGAAUGCCUCAGUGAUUGGCUACCUUAAACCACGCCCAUCUGGAACACAUACAUCAUUGGCUAACAGGAAGUUGGCUCUGAUUAA